AUGUUAUCACCAAAAGAUCGCCAGGACAAGUUAGUUCGUGCUACUGAUUUGGAUGCAUUGAGCUGCAAGUAUAGUAUUAACAGAAACUUAUAUUUAAACCCCCCAGAUGAAUUUGUCAAAGAUUUGGUCGAGAGUUAUCAGCGUUACUUACAGUACUGCGUUGGCUACACAGCAUUAUCAUCCUCGCGUGCAUUGAAAGGACUAUUUCAGGAGAAGAAGUUGCCUAUAAUCAAUCGAGGCUCGUAUUUGAGAACAAGAGCAAUAGACCAGGUAGUAGUCAAGUUCAUAAAGGAAUUCAAGGACAGAUGUCAAAUUGUGUCAUUGGGGAGUGGUUCAGACACAAGAGCUUUCCAGAUCCUCAAGUCACACCCAAAUGUGACCUACCACGAAAUAGACUUUCCUGAAUCUGCAAAGGUGAAAAAAUUGGCAAUCCUACAAAAUCCCACCAUCCGAGAGUUAGUGAGGACUAAAGAAAUGCUGCCUCUCAUCAACAACAAAGUGCAGUUUGAAAGCUAUCCUUCGGAAUUACACACUGAGAAAUACCAUCUUCAUGGUAUUGAUUUGAGAACACUAAAGCAACCAGAUUCUCAGAUUAGAGGCUUUGAGUCAGAAGUUCCCACAUUGAUUAUUAGUGAAUGUGUGUUGUGUUACUUGUCACCAGAAGAAUACCAAAACACAAUAAACUACUGGACAGGAAUUGCAGGCAAAGGAUUUGUGGGAUUUUUGAUAUAUGAACCAAUGUCACUAAACGAUCAGUUUGGAGAGACCAUGACAUACAAUUUGCAAAGCAGGGGACUCAAUUUGCAAACUUUCAGCAAGUACCCAGAUCUUACAGCACGGAAGAAGUUUCUUGAAGAGUCCUGUCAUUUAAAGAAUUUGAGGCUAACUGAUAUGAGUUGCAUUGGUGGAUACAAAAGGAGUCAAGAGGGACGUGAGUGGAUAGAGCAUAAUGAUAUGGACCGAAUAAACAAGUUGGAGUUGAUAGAUGAAAUAGAAGAAAUACGUCUUUUACUUGAGCACUACUGUUUGAUCUAUGGAGAGUACACAGAGGAGAAAUCAUUGAAUUUCAAAGGCAUUGACACGUGGAGUUGGGUCUUGCUGUGA